GACGGCGACACUACCUGUAGACGUAACGGAGCCGUAGAGGCAGCAGGUCGCUGGCAUUUCCUCGUUAGCUCUGAUGAAUGUGCUCUUUAUUCGUUGUACUAACACAGAAUACAUCAAUGUGAGGAUAUAAAACGUGUUGGGUGUUCUCAGAAACGUGGACUGCCUCCGAACUGUUUACAGCAUGUUGAACAUCCCGACCCAGGCGUUCCCUGCUCCGGGAUCCCAGCAGCGGGUCUCCCCGUCCGGACAGUCCGGGAGGAACAAGGUGGCCUUGAAGCCGGGACACAGUCUAAUGGACUGGAUCCGCUUCACCAAGAGUGGAAAGGACCUGACGGGGCUCAGAGGACGUCUGAUUGAAGUCACACAGGACGAGCUGCAGAAACACAGCACGAGAGAUGACUGCUGGACCUGCAUACGAGGUAACCAGGAGGUUUACCCAUGA